AUGAUGAUGGUGAUGAUGAUGACGAUGAUGAUGAUGGUGGUGGUAGUUAUAGUGCUGUUGCUGCUAUUGAUGGCGCCAUCAACAAUAAUGAUCCUAAUUCGAAUUCUAAUCCAACCGGCCUUCCUUGAUGAAAUCGUCGUUAAGAUUCGGUUGUUGAGCAUCGACUUAUUUCUGGUGUAUGAGGAGUUGCACUGCAUAAAACGUAGUUACAUUUUAGAUUCACGAAAUUUCCGCUACGUCUGUGCUUGUGACCAGUAA